UCGGCAGGGCUUGAACUGCCUCUCCACCACCACCAGUUUGGUGUGGACUUUCAAGAUGGAUGCUUUCACCUCGAUAGGUUUCUGUUUCUUUUUCGAUACGGACUAUACAUGCGUUCAUCGCUCUUGCGUGGCAACUGAUGAGCUUUCAUGUUAAAGCGGAUUUAUUUCGCGUGAAACGAUAAAAAUUGGAUUGAAGUGGAUGUUAUUGUGUCUACGUGUUUGGACUGUCGGGUUAUUUUUUUUAACUUCCUGGUUGUCGCAUUAAUAUGUCUUUUGAAACUGCGGAUAAAGCUGAAGUUAUUUUUAAAGGCUCACUGGAUGCAGGAUACGUGGGACUCGAUUUUUGCAUUGUAAUGUUUAAAACCAGACACAGCUGUUAUCAUCGAAGGGCAAAGCGAGAACGACAGAUUUCAUAAGUCUUCAGCAAUGGAAAGUGGGAAUGGUUGUGUCUCGGGUAAAGGUGUAUUAGUACCUGUGUCAUCAACUUCUGACGUCUUUCAAAGCAAUAUUUUGGCUCCACUUAAAAGUGCGUACUUGUAUGAGGAGUCUAAGCAGUCCUUCAGAUAUAAGUCCGCUGUCUUGAUAAAGAAUCCCGCAUUGGAAGAAAAGUAUAAUGCUUUCCGAGCAAAGAGGAGACAAGUAGGGUAUUCAGAGGAGGAUCUGGAUGAAUCUUAUGGGUUUUUGCUGUUUGAUGAUGUCAACAAGGCUAAUGCAAUUGGAGAAACUGGUGUGCUCACUGGAAACAGCACAUGCACAACUCUGGGAGAUCCCUCAAAUGGUGUUUACAUAUCAAUGUACUCUGACUGUUUGGAUCUAAAUCGCUGGUAUCAUGGGAAAUCUGGAUAUAUUGCCAUCAUCAGGCUGACAAAGGGUAGAGUUAAACAGGUCUCAGAGAACUACACCCAGAAUUUCACUGCACCCACUGAGGGCUUUGACUGUCAUGUGUCAGAACAGUGGCCUUCAGUUUCUGCCAAAACCAGCUCCUUCCUUGCCUUCGAGAGAACCCAGUAUUACAUGUACGAACUGCUGGAAGAUGGAAGCAAUCAGACGACUCAAUCUCCCAGCGCUGCAUGUCCUUUUGCCAUUGUAUCAUUUUCAUAUACGGAUACCAAAUCAACACUUAUAGCAUCACAGGAGAAAAGUGAGGAAAAAAAACUGGUUUGUCAUUACUUUCCAUGGAAUGGUCAACUUCAAAUAGGCACAAACUUCUAUGAUGUUGGGCUGAGGUCUACAGCAGGGGCCUUGAUCCCUGCAGAACUGCCACCAGUGGUGAAUGUUGACAGAGCCAUUUCUAUGUUUGAUCUGAGACAGCUGUUGCCAAGGGCUGUCUUUGAAACCUGCUUCUCUGGUGAAGUCUUUCUGGAUGGCUUAUACUACAGUUUGUUUGAGUUGGUUUCUUCUAAGGCAGAAGAAAGCAGCUCACUAUUUCUGCUUCUGUGGGAGAUAAAGGAGAAAGAUGUUGCUCUCACUAUUCCGCUUAAGGAUAGUGGUUUUCUUAUCUUGUUGCACUCCUCCCAUUUCCUCACAUAUGAUGAUACUGGGUCCAGUGCAGCUGAGGUCCUGCAAGGCAUGUUUGUGUUUCCAAGCUCACGAGUUAUGCUGAGAGACACAAAAUUUGGACAGAGAAAAUCUGCCAUGUCAUCUGAAAUCCUGCGGGUUCUACCGGUACUAAGUUAUGCAGAGGGCGAAGUUGAGAAAACACCCAUUGACCCAAGUGAAGAACUAUGUGAAGUUUUGGCGCAGCAUAUGCAGAGUUACGCAGCACUGAUAAAUCCUGGGUUGGCAUUAAGUCCCUCUAGGGAAGUCAGCAUCUUUCCAGAUCAGUAUGAUGUGCCGGAUGCCCACAAACACCUCUACUCAUCCCCGGAGUGGACUAACAGGGCAUGGCAGAGCUUCACAUCAUACCUGAGCAAACCAGUCUCUUUUCAACUGCCAAUGUCCAAGGCUUCAGAAAUCCUGAAGGCUGGACAAGAGGAGCGAAUAGAAGACCUUGAUGAUGAUGUCUACAUCUGUCUGUCAUCUCCUGAGGAGGCACUAGCCAAUUCUGUUAGCAUGGGAUCAGAAGAUCAGUGGACAGGCCAGAAGUCGCCUAUAAAUGAGACUGUAGACAGUGGUGUAACAAGUGCUGAAGCACAAGUUGACUUAACAGUUGUGUCUCAAAAUGUUGUACCAGAGGUUUUGCAAGCUGGAGAUACAACCAACGGCCUGACUUUGUUGAUCAAACCUGAUGAUAUGGUGGCAAAAGAUCUCCUGACUCCCUCUACAUCAGAUGACCUUCCAGCAGAGCUGAUUGUCAGCAUCACUUCGGCAGAGCAAACUGUCACUGAGAGUUUAAGUGUGGACAAUACAGACUCUGCAGUAAAGCACAAUGACUUUCAGCUUUCUGGUUUUUCAACAGCCAAAUUACAAACAGCCGGAGUAAACUCUCCGAAUGGUGAAACAGUUAAAACCAAAAAGCUUUUGGAUUGCUCUGAGAUCACCAGUCCCACAAAAGCAAAACGUAGAAAACGACGCAGGGGACAUUUCAAAGGUCGGAAAAAGGUAUCUAAAGCCUGUGUUGAAACUCACAGUUUACAAACAGUCGAAAUAGCCGUGGAGGAAGACAACUUGAAGAGCCAGGAGGAAGACCAGGCCAAGGAAUCAUCAGACCACCCACUGUUGAUUAAUCAAAAUAUUGAUUGGAGGAAAGUACAAAGACGAAAGCUAUCGUCAAAUAAUAAAAAAGUGCGAUCUGCUGUAGCAGAGGAUAAAAAAUCCGACCCUGGACAAGAGAGCUUGGAAAGCACCGUUUUUAUGGAACUUGAAGCUUGUCCUUUGAGGAGGAAAACGGAGCGCUGGGACUUGAAACCGGUUACCAGCGAAUGUGGAAGAAUCUUGGUUCCCUUUGGCUCUGCAGAUAUUGCUGAUCAGAUUAAGUCUUUAAAGGAUAAGAUUCAAUAUACAAAAGAUGAACAGUGCCCUGAAAAUAUGUUGGUUGAUGCCCCUGUGAAUGCUCAUGACACAGUCAGAAUGGAGCAAGAUUCUAGCACUGCUUCAGAAACAGCAGUGGAUGAAACAGAGGCCACAACAUCCAAAGAUGAAGGGAACCAUCUUCAAAAUGUUGGUUUCAAUGACAUUAAUCUUGAACAAAGCACUUUGAGACAGUCGGAUAAUGGCAAUGGUUCAUUGAUUUUGAAUCCAGAGAGAAGGGAGCAUUCUUCAAAGAAGGAUAGCACAGACACGCCUCCAUUCUCGGAAGCAGUUAAAGAAAAACAUGCUGAUACCCUCUCCCCAGAAAAGGGUAGAACAAAGGGUGAAUUUCUGUUGAAUAAACUAAAAUCGGUUCUUCUAAGGGGAAAGAGAAAAACGGGUCACCUUGUGUUAGAGGAAACAACUGCUGAUACUACCCAAGAUUCUGGGCCUUGUCCCAAGAUGAGCAGAGUUGACUCAGACACUGGGGUGCUGAAGACUAAUGAUUCAAUUCCGAGUGUCCCGAACACCAAUUUGGGUGUCAAGGAAGAGGCAAGGAUGUCAGUUGAUCCUCUUUUUGCAUAUGCCCUAGGCCUGACCCCUAAAGAGACACCAGAGAAGAUAAAGAAAACUGAAGGUCAGGACACUCAACAAAGGAAAGACGUAUCAGAGACACAAGAACAAACCAUUCCUGACAAACAACCUGAAGUCAUUCAAAGACCUCUAUCAAUUUUUCCAAGAAGGGGUAGGAUUAAAACACUCAAAAAGCAUCAAGGCAUCUCUGCAGAACAUGUUAAAAAGAAAUGGUGGUUGCAUUUUCAAACCCCAGCUUCUUUUGCAAGUGAAAAACUCAAAAACAAAGAGUGUACUAGGGAUAAUUCUGUCAGGAACCCUGUUAAGGAAAAAAUGAACAGUGCUUGCUCAUCUACAGAUGCUUUGAACUUACUUGCUGACUUGGCACUCGGUGCCAGUAAUGACCAGGUUCCACCACAACCAGACCCAGCACUUGAGAGAAAGCCUGAGACAAGUUUGAAGAAGUGUGACCUUACAAAAGAUGUUACCAGUGCUGAACAAGAGUCAGUUCUUCAUGCUCUGCUUAAACAGCCUGCUGCUAGACCCAUUCAGUCUCUUGAUUCUCCUUCACCAAGCCAUCUUGUGGGAGGCAGUGAAUUGGUUGAUUUGGUAUCUAAAGAACAUGCUUACUCAUUGCCCCCAUCUUCUUUUCUACUAUUGGGUUUGUCAGGUACACCCUUGCAGAUAUCCCCUUUAAGUGGUUCUACCAGACUGCUGCAUCAUCACCAGACAAUGUAUGGCGAUGGAAUAAAAACACUACAACCCUCUGUCGGUCAGGAAGACCGCAGUGAACACCACAUGAUUCCAGAAUACCUGAGUAAACGCAUGGUACGCAGAAGAAAGUUCAGGCACUCCCGUACCUUUGAUAUCAAGAAUGGAUCUGUCCAAGUCACAAAGCAAUGGAAGGAGAACUAUGACUUUAAUCUAGACAGCAAGUUUACUAGUGACUCAAAGGAUAGAGCUAUCAUCCGAGCCUUGCAUGGCCCAUGGGAUUAUUCCAUUCAAGACACCAGUGAAGAGGUACAGCUCAUCGUCCACAUGUGGAUAGGUCUGUUCUACAGCCGUUCAACAGAAAGGUUCUUUCAAAUUGACUCGAACUCUAUAAACUCAUGUACGGAAGAGAGUGCUUUUUUGGAAAUGUCCAGUGGAAUAGUUUUCAAGGACAAUUCAUGUUCUCCUUUCCUGAGUGUAAGAGACUCUUCAGACCCUUCAAUUUCAAACGCUUUGGACCUUAGCAAAAAAGUUAAGUCUGGCUUGGACGAAGAAUGUGUUAUUUUGGACUUGUCACAGAGAGACUCCAAUGCAAAGAUUGUCACUUCAGAGCCACAAGUUGACAGAAAACAGACUUCUGUGGUGGGUGAACUGAAAGAAGCUGGUGAACCAUUGAACACGUUCAAGUCAUCCAUGGGACUACCGGAGGCAAGCAAAUCUCAGUGUUACAAAAAGAUUGUACCCUCUACAGAGAUUAUCAAUGAGGUGAAUGGUGUCAGAAGGAUCUAUGAAAAUAAUGCAACUUGUACCCCUUCACAAAAAGCUGGCCACAUGGAGCACACGGUACCAUCUCUUAAAUGCGAUAAAACAUUCAUUCCUGUACAGGAAGAGAUGGAAAGUGAAUCCAUUCAGCCAAAAAAACAUGAGACUGCUUCAGGAAUUGGCCACGUGUUACAUGAAUGCAACAAUGAGAAGAAAUUUAUGAAAGAUGGCAUUGAAAAUUCAGAAGCUACAGAGAUGAGUUUAGGGCAAAAUCAUGGAAGGGGUUCUUCUAAAUCCAUGACAGAUGAAGAGGUAGAUUCCAACAAAGAAGCAGGUGAUGUAAUUCAUACAGGAGAGCAUGAUGAAGUGGAAUCCAAAGAUGGGGAAAACUGGGAAGUGAAUGAAAAGCCAUGCCAAGAUGAAAAAAUUAUUAAUAAUGGUGAUGAUUCAACAAACGAAGAACCAGGUGUAGUCUGCAAUGGAAAUCUGUUGGAGAAUGAGAAGCGGUUAUCUAGGGAGGAACCUAAAGCAGUCUCACCAGGCAAGGCUGAAAAUAUUAAUGAAGAUGUGGAUUGUUGUACAGCACAUGAAGGUAAGGUGAUUGAAGGUUAUCAUUAUGGAAAAGAAGAUGGACUGUGGAAAAGAAGACUUAAAGACAGUUGCGUUUCAGCUAUGGAAGGUGAAAGUAAUUUGGGUCAACCAUUACCUUUGAUGUGUGAUGGCCCAGACUCUGUAAAGAUGGAUUGCAUCACAGAGUGUAAUCACCAAGGACCAUUGGAGGAGCAAACACUUCAAGCAGACAAUGAAGAAGAUGCCUGCAAUGAUGAUCAUUUGGAGAGACCCUGUGCAAAUGGCAGUGCAUUGACAGAUGAACAUGCCCUUUCAGAAAAAGCUCAUCACGCUCAAGCAGAAAUGGAGCCUAUUUAUGAUGAACAUGCAGUUGAGGAAAAUUCAGGAAAUUACAUUUGUUUGGCACAUAAGCCACAUUAUCAGAAGGCAGCAUCACCCAUUUCUGAUGAGGGCACCUCAUUGUCUUCUGCAGCUGGGUCUAUUCCCCAGACAAAUGACAGUGUUGAAACAGGAAGCCAAAACAAAGUAAUGGGAAACUUAAUUCUAAGUAGUGAUGAUCUUGAAGAUCAGGAUACCAAAUCGAUUGAGGGAGAGCAAAAGGUUGGUAACACAACUCAAAAGGACCUAUUUAAUCAUCAGUCUCAUUCACCUCAAUGUGAGGUUAUAAACAGAUGUGAAGCUGAAGUGGCAUUAACUCAAAAAACUGAUCUCAAAAGCAACAAAACAAAUGAGGUUCUGGAAAAGAUCCAUAGUGGGGUUGUAAUUCCAUUUAUUGGAAUAGAUGCCUCUGGAGAGGAUACAGUAUAUCCACAUGACCCACACUCGCAAGGCAAGGUUGAAGAAGUUGUUCAAGGCCAGAAGGAAAUACUAUUCAUCAGUGAAACUGUCCUACCCACAGAGGUACAUAGUACAUCUCAGAUGUACAGUAAAAAGGCAGAACUGUCUGCUGGCAAAAUAUCACUGUCCAAAAAACUUGAAACUCACCAGCCAAAGGUCUUGGGAAGUGAGUCUGAUGACCGGUGCCCUACCCCAACUAUGGAUGAGAACCCAUUUGUGUACUUAACUUGUUCUGGCCCUACUGGUAGUAGCACUUCUGCUUUCAGUGGUACUGACACCUGCAAAAACAUGACUGAGAAAUGUGUUAGCAGAAGCUCAACACCUAUAAUGGAUGAGAUGAUGAUGCCUCUUGAGCGAAAACUUCCCAAACCUCACCGUAGUCUUCACCCUGAUCUUGAGCUAAGAACUCUUAGAGUUCUACAAUGUAUAGACAAGUUCCUCUCCAAAUCAAACCACACUGACAAAUCCAGCCAGAUUGAAACAGCUGAUUUGAAACGGUCUCUUGAUCAAACCCCUAACACCAGCAUCAAGCACAUCCCUACUUGCUUAGCCCCAAGCCACACCCCAGCUGACUUUAAGGACAAGAAAAUAAACAAUACAAAGCCAGCAGCGGUGUCACCUUCUACCUCACAAGAACUGCACACAGAAUCAUCGGGUCACUUUCCUUCAUCACCUUUCUCUAAAUUAGAGCAAGUACUUGGUGUUAGGUUGCAGCUAAAGAAAACGGACUUAUCACUUCAUCAACGCUAUAUUGGAAGAACAGAUGUAUUACAGGAGGAGAGCUCUGUAGGACACAGAUCCUCUACCUCUACUGAAUGUUUGCAAGCUGUUAAAACAAAUAUUGACCAAGAUGAGCAUAAAACAACAUCACAGACAAAUUUAAGUAAUGAACCAAAUUCAUAUAGUCAGCGUCCUGUCAUGGCUGUAAAACCUUCUAAGAGUGAAGAAAUUCAAGCCGAUUGCAUCUCUAAAGACAGAGAAAAUGAAAACUCUGUUAUGUCAUGUGUAUUUAAGAUUAAACAACGUAAAACUCCAGUAGUCUCAUACACCACACCAGCUUCCAUUCUCUUGGAGAAAAAGACUCAUGGAAACUCAGACUCAGAAAGUCUCAUGGGAAAUUCUGAAGGACUAAAAGAUAAGCACAAGGCCAGGGAGCUUUCUUCCAAGAGCAGUUGGUUAUCAAAUGUUAGUGACGGUAAGUCUAACUCAGAUAAAGCUAAAUUAGUACUUCUAGAUCCUUUAUAUCAACAUGAAGGAGGGGACAUAAACAAAUUCAACAAGAUUCCUGCAAACAAAUCUGCAAAAACUUCCUCUAAUUUUGUUAAUGGAAACCAAGGUUUCUUGGCAAAUAGUUUAGUUGAGAGAGUUGGGCAAACAACUAAAGAGAGCAUUGAAAUGGAUCAGGAAGACUUUUUAGGCCCAUCAACAUCAGUUGCGAGUCACAAAAAUGAUAGCAUAAUAAAUGACAGUCUCUUUCUGGGACCUCAAAGCUCACUUUCAUGUACAGUCUAUAACGCCAGUUGGAUGAGAUCUUAUUCUUUAAUAGAGCAGCUUUCUCAGAGGUGCCUACAAGAUGACCUCACUCUGGCAUCAAUGGAACAGGAGUGCCUGAUCUUCUCAGAACAAAUGAAACAGCUUUUGAAAAGGAGUAAGAUGGGACCCAUCCGCCCACUGAAUGCACAUGAUAAAUUUAAUUUGCCUUGCUCCAGUCCUGUGACUGUUCACUUUUCCAGUCUAGAAGAGCAGGAGGAUUUGGUGGAUCACUUGGAUGUACCGUCACUUGUUGGACAAAAAAUUAAGGUAGACAUGUCUGACAGGAAAUACCCGACAGACACAACAGAGGAAGAAAAGGCUUUGCAUCCUCAAAACCUAUCUCAAGGUACCGGCAACCCAAUGGAACAUGCUGGAGUUUCUGAUGUGACUGCAGAAUGUGCCAGGCAGUACGAAGCAAUGAUGAAGGAUGUUUGUGCUGUCAAAAAGGUCCCACCUAGACCUAAACACUUAAGAAUGGAUAGAGGUUACUCAAAGAAUGAACCAUCCACAAGUAACCAUUUUGACUUCUGUGAUCAAAUGAAGAGAGAGAUGGAUGAGAGUUUUCGCAGCAAUCUGAAUUCAGUCGUGAAGAAAUCCUGUAAAACGAAGUACAGAUUCUACAUACUGGUGACGUCAGAUGAUGCCUUCUUUGAGGAAACCAAGGCACAGUUGGAGGCAGAAGGCCAUACUGCUGUACAGCCAUCUGAGUUCUUCCUGGGUGAGGAUAGUUCUUCAUCGCUACUCAUCAUCCUCAGGAAUGAAGACAUUGCAGAGCACAUUUGUGAGGUCCCACAUUUGCUCAACCUGAAGAAGUCGCCAGGUGUGCAGUUUGCUGGAAUUGACGAAACAGAUGAUGUUGUGAAUCUUACCCAUCAGGAGCUCUUCACCAGGGGUGGUUUUAUAAUGAUCGACAGAGCAGCACUGGAGUCCCUCAGCCUUUGCAACAUGAAAAAAUUGUCAGAAAUCUUGCAAGAGCUAAGCAGAACGGGGAAGUGGAAAUGGAUGUUGCACUACAGAGACAGCCGUCGGCUGAAAGAGAAUGCAAGGUUGAGUGCAGAGGCAAAAGAGAAGAAGCACUUCCUAAACUGGUGCCAAGAAGCUGGAAUAGUGGAGGUGCUGCCUUACCAUGAGUGUGACCUCACGUCAAGAGAUCAGCCUGACUAUCUCACAUGUUUGGUCCAUUUGCAGGUCCAGAAUAUAUCAGCCCGUUACCCUGUUUUUAUUACAGAUACAACAGCAGACAGCACAUUUGGAAAGAAUGGAAUUUUAACAAUGACUGCAAACUCUUUCCUGACAUGUUCUCCAAGCAAAACAUUUACAGUCUGACCUGGAAAUAUUCAGAUGGACAAAAUUCAUUAGUGCUUAUUUAAGGUACCCAGCAGUCAGAAACUCACUGAAUACGCGGAGAAACCAGUAAUUAACCAGUAAUGGUGAUUUCAAACAUACUAUAUAUUAUUUUUUAGGUUCAGCUCUUUUGUAUGCAGUAAUCUUAAUAUUUUUCUUUUUUUUAUUCAGUUAAUGAAUAUAGGGACAAAAAUUCCAAUAUACUGGCAGGUGAAUUGUAUAUACUGUAUUUGUAUUGUAAAUUGUAAACAUAAAGAUCAUUUUUUGUCACAUUUUGUAUAUUUUGUCUUUUCCCUGACAAUCCUGACUUUAUACAGUUGUAGCACAAGCAUUAGUAGUGUUUGUUUAAUUAUUACUUUUUGUGUUCAAAGUUUUGGUCUCUUUUUAGAUAAAAAUGUACCAUCAUACUUUUUCCAAGCCUUGCAACAAAGCUAAAUUAGGCUGUUCAAAGUGGUGUGUUUUUGACAUUUAUGUAUACUACUGUACACUGUUAUGUUAGACAGUGAUUCUUAACUCUUGAGUGUUAAAUUGUUUGAGCAACAAGUUAACAUCAUCACUAAGUUCUAAACAUGUUAAGUUAUCAUUGCAUUCACAAUGUUCAGUGCAAUGACUGAAAAUAAAGGUUUUUUUUCACAUA